AUGAACUCAACGGCGAACGGAUCCAGCGGAUAUUGGAGCUGCUUCAAUUUCACUGCGUGGAAAAUCGGAGGAACCGUUACCUUUUGUCUGAUCUUUAUCGUUUCACUGGUCGCAAAUUCUCUCAUUGUUGCGAUCGUUUAUAAAACGCCGAACUUAAAAAAACCGAUAAAUUAUUUCUUCGCAAACAUGGCCUCAUCUGAUCUGCUGUAUCCAAUAUUCGUGAUACCUUGGAACCUGUCACACUUGCACAUCAAUUACUCUAUCGGUGGUCAGCUCGGUCAGGCCUUGUGUAAGCUUGUCCCUUUCUUUGGUCACGUUUCCUUUGUCGUUUCGAUUCAGAAUCUGAUUCUGAUAGCAGUGGAUCGCUUUGGAGCCGUGGUGUUUCCACUCCGUUCCCCACUCAUCAGAUCCAAACUGUGUCCCUUCUUCAUUCUCGCUACAUGGAUAGUUGCCGCAGCGGUCAAUUCGCCAUACUUGUUCACUUUCGAGCUCGUUGAAUCUCCAGAGGGAAACAUGUGUGUUAUUAAAUUGGAGGAAGUAUUCGGAGUGUCCUCAUCCUAUGCCAGUUUCGUACUAGCUUCCUACAUUCUGUUUAUAUACAUACCUGUGCUGUUGCUAGUCAUUCUUUACUCCAUCAUUGUUAUCAAGCUCAAGACACAGGCACACCCAGGUGAACAGUCCGCCAACAGUCAGCAACAGCGGGACAGAAGAAACCGAAAUGUGCUUCAAAUGUCCAUUGCUAUCGUAACAGUGUUUGUGCUUUGCUGGUUACCUUUCUCUAUCAACCUUUUAAUCACAGAGUAUCAGGACACUUUCACGCAUUUAUCGUGUAGUUUCUGGAUAUACUAUGCAGUCACCGGUUAUAUGGCUAACGCGUACUGUGCUAUCAACCCGGUUAUCUGUUUCAUGUUUAGCAGUAAUUACCGAAAAGCUCUUAAAAGACUCAUAAAAUGUUCUUUUGUACAAGCGUAG